AAACCUGAGAGAGAAACUGAAGUGGAAGGACGAGUGAGAGAAUAGUACUAUGCGGGUGACAACACAACAGAAACUACACUUUAAAAAACUUCUACCUCUAAUGGAAAUGUGUCUGCUUGUGGUUUUACCUGCCGAAAACAAUGACGACCGAGAGGAAGGACUGGAAUUUACUCUACAGCUCUAAACAAAUACGGAAAGUUAAAGAGGAAACUAUACGUUUGUUCCCACAACACAGAGUUUGACACCUCAGCGUCUCACUUAGGUGGCCAGGAUGACGACCAACUACACGGACAUUAGUCCCUGUGCUCCAGAUGACAGGCUCUGUAUAACACGAGAAUAUCAGCUUGGAGUGAUUGUCGUCCCGUCGUUGUUGGUCUCGCUCACCGUGAUCACAUUAUUGAUCAUUUUCAUAUUACUGUGCUGUAAUCAGAGUGAGCGGACACGAGUCAGAACUCCUACUCGAUACCACAAUCACCAGCACACCACAAACCAGAGACACACACAGCGAAACCACCAUCACCACCACAACAACAACCGUCACCCCCACCACAGACAUCACCUACAGGGAAUAGAUGCGCCCCCAGGGAUUGACCCUCUUGAACAUGAAGAGGUGCCAAUGAGAGUACAAAACACACAUCACAAUGCAAAGCCACAACACGAAUCCCCAGAGAGGCACGGGACUGCAGCACCACAUAGAACUAGAGACAGACAUGCAGCUGCAACAAGGCAUCGCUCUCCAGAAAGACAAGCAACCAGACAUCACUCUCCAGAGAGACAUGCAACCAGACAUCACUCUCCAGAGAGACAUGCAACAAGGCAUCACUCUCCAGAGAGACAUGCAACAAGGCAUCGCUCUCCAGAGAGACAUACAACCAGACAUCACUCUCCAGAAAGACAUGCAACAAGGCAUCGCUCUCCAGAGAGACAAAUGACUGCAGAACCACAGACAUCCACAAGGAGGCAUCUUGGAAACUUUAGUCAUGUCACUGCAUUGACUCCAUCUUCCUACACCAAACCCAAUGACACAGUAAGCCUCUACAGAGCCUGCAUGGACAACAAGGAUAUCAUCCUGAGAGCACUAAAAGAAAAUGCGAGUAACCGUGAGAAACAGCACUUUCUGGGGUUUGCAUCCUUCCUGGGAGGACUGGGCCCUCACCCUUUCAUCCCUGCUCUGCUGGGCGUGGUUUCUGUACGGUCGCCGUUGGUGAUAGUGCUGGAGGAGCUGAGGCACAGAGACCUACUGGGGUUCCUGUGGAAGUGCAGAGAGGAUAACACAAGUCAUGAAAUGACAGAAAAGAGGAUCUUCACCAUGGCAGGACAAGUGGCCUCUGCUCUGGAUUACCUCCACAGUCAGGGAUCUAUCCACGGGAACAUCGGAGCUCGCAGCGUUCUGGUUGGUGGCGACAUGACGGCCAAACUGUGGGGAUUGGGCCCAGCUUAUCACAGAACACAGGUCGACACUGCUGGGCUGGUGGAGGAAAUGGAGCUGAAGAAAUGGCAGGCACCUGAAGUUCUGGCCAGGAGGACGGCCAGUAACAGCAGCGACGUAUGGUCCUUUGGUAUCCUCCUUUAUGAAAUGGUCUCAUUGGGUGACCCACCUUUUGCUCACAUCAUGUCGACUGAACUUCUGCAGUAUCUCCAAAGAGGAAAAACUUUGAAACGACCAACCAACUGCUCCAACACACUGUACUCCAUGAUGAAAUCGUGCUGCAGCUGGAGCCCCCAAGGGCGUCCCUCGGUCGCCGGACUGAGUCGGAUGCUUCAUGCAGGAGAGCAAUCGGCAAAUGGGAGCACAGCUCUAAGAGCGCCUGAGCCACUGAACGUGGAGAGAUACAUGAGGGAGGCGGGAUAUGGAGAGGCGUUCAACUACGCCGUGUUCUGAUUGGCUGGAACCGCUGUGACAAAGAACUCUAUUGGAGCCAUUAUUCACAGUCCAGCGAAACAAAUUCCUUAAAGUACCAAGUACUGCUGCAGGAGCACAAAAUGUGAGGGGAACUAAAUAUGCCAAUUACAUUGUUUGUUUAGAAAACAUAUUUUUAUAUUUAUAAGUAGUUUUGGAACAUAAAAUAUGAAGCACAACCAUGUAGUAUGUUUUAGGUAACUUAUUAUUUUUUAAAUAUGGAUAUAUUUUGGUAAAUGAUACCUUGGUUGUCUUGGACUUAAUAAACAAAGCAGUUAAAACAUAAAGUCAGUCCUGUCUUCUUUUUAAAGACAUACCAAAAAGUAUUGCUUAUUUUAUUAAUUUGAUCCAUAUCACCACAAAGAAAUAUGAUGCAGGGUUUAUGUGCAGUGCUCAAACAAAUAAAUUAUGACUUCAUAAACAUACAGUAGAAUGUAACAGAUUUUUUAUUGUCUGUAGAAUAUUAAUAAAACCUGAUCUCUGUUUCUCAAACAAGUUUUGGUAGAGUAACGGCACCUGACGCAUCUCUUUACUUUCGAGGAAGUGGAAAAGUUGUCAAAAAAAUAUACCACAUUUGGUUACCAGUCUCCAUGGUAACCAAAUGUUGCACUGGCCAAUUGGUGUUUUUUAACGCCAUUCAUACUGCAUCUGGUUAUGAAUCAGAGUUACCACAGCAUUAGGAUAUCUCACAGCAAACUCAUCAUCAGUUCAGCUAUUAGCUCCAAGAAAAUCUAGAUAGAAUUAGAGAAGUUUCUAUAAAAACAGUCAAAAACAAAAACACAGCCAUCUUUCUUGUUUACUGGUAUACUUGCUGCAUGUGUAUUUGCAGCCGCAUCUCAAAAAGUAACAUUUUUGAGAAAUUAAAUUUAAAAAAGUGCUAGUGAUUGAAUAAAGACUGAUACAGGGUUUAAAUCUGAUCAUUGAUGGAUGAUCAGAGUGACAACAUAGUCAUUGAAUCAGAUGUCACCAUCCUUAAUGGUGUCAAGUCCUCCUGGGAAAUUAAUUUACCAACAAUGUGAGAAGAAACAUGAACAAUAUUUAUCUACAAUAAGUAAUAGAUUUUGUAGAAUUGUGAAUGACAUUGUACAAUGUUUGCAUUGCCGUUAUGUCACUUGACUCACAAAAGUCGUAGAAAAGAUGAUAAAAUAAAAUUGAUGCCCGUCCCAGGGAAAUAAAUGCCACACAAAAUUCAAGACCUCCCUGC